CAUAUUUUCAGAUUGCAGAAGUUGUGAGGCGGGUAGGAUGCUUGUACUUACAUUUGCGUUAUUGACAUGUUUUUCAAUAAGAGAAACAGUGUCAGUGAAACCAAACAUUGUAUUUGUUCUAACAGAUGAUCAAGAUUUAAUGCUUGGAGGACAGAUUCCAAUCGUGAAGACAAACAAGUUAAUUGGAGACAAGGGGAUGCUAUUUAAUUCCAUGUAUGUAGCCUCACCACUAUGUUGCCCAAGCAGAUCGAGUAUUCUGACAGGAAAGUAUGUUAGUAGUCACAUGGCUUACAACAACUCAAUAGUUGGAGGAUGUAGUAGUGCAGAAUGGCAGAAAACACAGGAAGUUGAUGCCUUUCCAGUGUACAUGAAAAAACAGUCCUACACCACGUUCUUUGCUGGAAAAUAUUUAAACCAGUAUGGUUUUCCAGCAACUGGUGGAGUUCAACAUAUACCCCCUGGAUGGGACUGGUGGAAUGGACUUGUUGGAAAUUCCAGAUAUUAUAAUUACCAUUUAUCAGUAAACGGUACAAAGGAAGCUCAUGGAAGUGACCCAGAUAAAGACUAUCUCACAGACUUGAUAAACAGAAGAGCUACAGAAUUUUUGGAGCAGCAAUCAACAGAAUCUGGACCAUUUUUUAUGAUGUUAUCUACACCUGCAUCACAUGCACCCUUUACACCAGCACCAAAGUAUAAAGAUAAUUUUGCUGACAAACAAGCUCCAAGAACUCCUAGUUACAAUAUUCAUGGAAAGGACAAACACUGGUUAAUUGAACAAGCACUUAACCCUAUGCCCAAUGAUACAGUAACAACUAUUGAUGACAUUUUCAGAAGCAGAUGGAGAACAUUAUUGUCUGUAGAUGAUAUGGUAGAAAAUGUAGUCAACAUUCUGACAGAGAAAGAUAUGAUCAACAACACAUUUAUAUUCUUUACAUCUGAUAAUGGAUAUCAUUUAGGUCAGUUUUCAUUGCCUAAUGAUAAACGACAGUUGUAUGAAUUUGAUAACAGAGUUCCAUUUAUGGUUCGAGGACCUGGUAUAAAACCUGGUUCUACUUAUAAUUCUCCAGUAUCAGCUAUUGACUUGGCUCCAACAUUUCUAGAGAUAGCAGAAUCACCUAUACCUAUAACAAUGCAGGGAGAAUCAUUGCUAAAGAUAUUGACGACACAAAACUACAACAGAUCAUCACCAAUUUUAUUAGAACAUUAUGGAGAACAUCAAGAUGAAAUUCAAGGUUGUCCUCAGUAUAAAAAUCAAGGCAUGGCAAACUGUGACAACCAUUGUGUGUGUGAAGAUAGCCAUAACAACACAUUUAGAUGCUUUGUGACAUGGGGUGAACCAAAUAUGGAUAGACAAAAAUUAUGUUAUGUGAAGGAGGAUAAUUCAACUUUUAUGGAAUUGUAUGAUUUGGUAAAGGAUGAAAAUGAACUAAACAAUAUCAUAGAUUAUAUUGACAAACCAGGCUUUGAAAAAAAUAGGGAUAUGAUAAAAGAUAUGAAGAAUUGUAAAAAAUGUCAGCAUUUUCUUGAAUUUAUGGAAGACUGCAGGGGACAUAACUGUGAGAAGAUUAUCAACCUACUUCACUGACUAUAGAGAACACUGUAUGGGACAAAAUUGCAAUUACUGUAAUUUGAAAUUCUUAAGAAGUUUAACUAUGGAGAUUGUUUUCUUCUAUUUUAAUUCUGUUAAUGAAUAUACAGUCUACAAGUGACAAAUUUAAAAAAAAUCUGACAUGUUUAAACCCACCACAUUUUGUUUGUGCCUGUCUAAAGUCAGGAAGUAGCCUGUAUUUCAGUGGUUGUCAUUGGUAGCCGUUUAUCAUACUUGUUUUUAUACCCCUGCUUUAAAAAAGUGGGGGUAUACUGUUUUACCUCUGUCUGUCCGUCCAUCCAUCCGUCCGUCCAUCCAUCCCUCUGUCCGUCCAUCCGUCCCAUGAAUAUUUUUCGUCGCAGCUUUCUCAGGAACUACAUCAUAAGGAUUUCUGAAAAUUGGUUUCAGGGUUUAUAUAAGUUAGCUAUACCGUGUGAUGCGUUUUCAGAUUCAUUACUCAACGACUUCCUGUUUACCGAAAUAUUUGGGCGGGGGAAUCAUCAGUGAGCAGUAGCCCGCAGUUUCACUUGUUGUUUAUUGUUUUAUACAGGCCAUAGGUUUUCUUGUUUGAAUUGUUCUACAUUUUGUCAUGUCAUUGUAGCUUACUAUAUGGUAUGGGUUUUGCUCAUUGUUGGUCUCUGAUGGAGUUCUCUCAUCGGCAAUCAUACCACAUCUACUUAUUUUUAUAUCAAAGUUUAUAGUGAUUUGUCAUUUCAUUCACACUAACAAAAAUAAUUUUCUCUGUGUUUAUUUUGUCAUCAGGGUUUUUGUUAGGCCAGUAAAUUCGUCCUCAAACACCAUUUUGAGUCCAAAUAAAGUUUUCGGAAAAAAUACAUCAUAUCGACAUGUUUUACCAGAUAUUGAUGUCUGCUUUUAUAAUGAUAAAAAUCUAAGAGAAUCAAAAAUAAUUACACAUCAUAUUUAAUAACAAGGAAUUAUUUGAAACUGGAAUAAUUUUGAAUUCUAGAAAAUAUAUAAGAAAUGCUUGAUGAAAACUAACCUAAUUAAGGAGGGUUAGCCAUGCAUGCUUGGCUAAGAGAGAUUAGUUAGUUCAUACUGAAGUAUUAGUGAAAGUAAAAUGAACCUCAGCCAAGUGUGCAUGGCCAACCCUAUUUAGUUGGGUUAGUUUGCAUAAUGAAUUUCAAAGU